GUCCUUACAAUUUUAUGCGAUAAAAGAGAAAGUACAAAAUGAGUAAACAGAACCCUAACGCCUAACGGCUUUGUUUCGUUUCUCCGUUCUCACACACAGGACCCGUAUCUAUCUCUUCAUCUUCCCCACAACUAUCUCUCCUCAAUUUCUCACUCCAUUUCUAAUUUUUCGUAGCAGAUAUGCUUAUCAACCAUUAACUUUAUCUGCAUGCCAAUGGGUUCUAUCAUGGAAAGGGAACGAACUCGGAAACGACCUCGUCUCGAAUGGGAUGUAGCUCCUCAACCUUCAUUUCCGCAGUCACAGAGAAUUUGCACGGUGGUUGGUGAUGAAGGAAUCGAGAAAAAGCAUGCAUCGCCUCCGAGAAGAAACGAAGGUCGGGAUGGACAUUAUGUUUUCAAUCUCGGCGAAAAUCUCACUCCUAGAUAUAAAAUUCUCGGCAAAAUGGGUGAAGGCACGUUUGGUCGAGUCUUGGAAUGUUGGGAUCGUCAAACAAGAGAUUAUGUAGCUAUCAAGGUGAUUAGAAGCAUCCAGAAGUAUCGCGACGCGGCAAUGAUCGAGGUUGAUGUGCUGGAGCGACUUGUGAAGAGUGAUGUGGGAUGCUCACGUUGUGUGCAGAUGCAGAAUUGGUUUGAUUACCGGAAUCACAUAUGCAUUGUCUUUGAGAAGCUUGGACCAAGCUUAUUUGAUUUUCUAAAGAGAAAUAAAUACUGCCCAUUCCCUGUGGAUCUUGUUCGUGAAUUUGGACGACAGCUUUUGGAAUCUGUAGCAUAUAUGCAUGAACUACGGCUAAUCCACACCGACCUGAAGCCAGAAAAUAUACUUCUUGUUUCUUCUGACUGUGUAAAGCUUCCUAGUUGUAAGAGGGUUUUCUCAGAUGAAACACAAUUCAGGUGCUUGCCUAAGUCUAGUGCUAUUAAGCUGAUUGAUUUUGGUAGUACUGCGUCUGCAAAUCAGAGCCAUAGCUCCAUUGUUUCUACAAGGCAUUACAGAGCCCCUGAGGUUAUCUUAGGUCUAGGGUGGUCAACGCCGUGUGAUUUGUGGAGUGUUGGAUGUAUUCUUUACGAAUUAUGCACGGGAGAAGCAUUGUUUCAGACACAUGAAAAUUUGGAGCACCUUGCAAUGAUGGAGAGAGUUUUGGGACCUCUACCAGAGCAUAUGGUUAAAAAGGCUAACAAGGGUGCAGAAAAAUAUUUCAAGCGUGGAUCUCGACUAAGAUGGCCUGAAGGAGCUGUUUCAAGGGAGAGCAUUAAUGCAGUGAAGAAGCUUGGUCAUCUUAAGGACAUUAUAUCACGUCAUGUAGAGUGCUCGAGGUUCUUGUUAAUUGAUUUAUUACAUGGCUUAUUGACUUAUGAUCCGGCCAAACGUAUUACUGCUCGCCAGGCCCUUGAUCACCGCUUCUUUAGGUUUACAACUUAAGAAGUCGAAUACCUUUUGUUGUGAAAUGACUCCCAUUUGAAUUGUUAUCAGUUGCACAGGCUAGCCCUGCCUUAAAUGAAUUUAUUUUUCAUUUAUUGCUACUGGUUUAGUUGAGUUGAAACUUGAAAGUAUAUAUUCUUAUAAUGAUCAGUUUUAUUCACAACAAAAACUGUAUUUGCGAUGGAUGUGGUGUAUGAGAACAUUCUGCUGACAAAUAGUUAAUUGAUAGAGGAAUUAUGUUGUGCUCAAGAAGGUGGAAAGUAAGAAAAGUAUCAAGAACAUUAUGCCAACAAUUUAGAAUGUAUUCAAACGCUGAUUACUUUGAUCAUUCAGAUGACACUCUGGUAAGCAAGGAUCUAUCCUGGGACAUUAUCAUUUGAAAGUUAAUAUCCUAGCUAUUUUUGCUCA